CUAAUUUCACUCUCCUUCUUCUUCCUCACUCGACUUGACUUCUCUCUUCACACAGAAGCAAUUCUGGUUCUUUAACUCAACAAUUGGCGAUUCUCCUAAGAAAAAUCGAGGUUAUGGGCAGAAUCAGUGGGUUGUCUGACGAAUUGCUGGUGAAGAUCUUAUCGUUUCUUCCAACAAAAGUAGCUGUGUCCACUAGCAUCUUGUCCAAACAAUGGGAGUUUCUUUGGAUGUGGCUGCCUAAACUUGAGUACGGUAGUGAAAAUCAUUCAGUGUCUGAAUACAAGAGGUUAAAGUGUUUUCUUGAUAGAAAUCUGCCAUUACAUAGAGCUCCGGUUAUUGAAAGCUUCCGUCUCCAGAUUCGUUAUCCACAUUUAGAACCUGGAGAUAUCAAACUGUGGGUUCUAACUGUAGUUUCUCGCUACGUCCAUGAGCUGGAUAUUUUCUACUAUCCUUGCCAGAAGAAGCUGGAUAUAUUGCCGAGUAGCUUGUAUACCUGCAAAUCGCUCGUGACCUUGAAACUCGAUGGAAAGAUUCUUGUGGAUGUUCCUCGUAUGGUUUGUCUUCCUUGUCUGAAAACUUUGCAACUUGAAGCAGUGACAUACCUCAAUGAAGAUUCUCUGCAACGACUUCUAUCUAAUUGCCCUGUUCUUAAAGAUCUAUCUGUGGAAGGAUGUGAAGAUGAUAAUAUGAGAAAGUUCAUUGUUAUCGUCCCGUCUUUGCAGCGUUUAACACUCAUAAUAUAUAAUGAGUUAGAUGAGUUUGUGAUAAAUACUCCUUCUUUGGAGUAUUUGAAAUUUGAUUAUUCAAAUAUGAAGAGUCACCACUUUUUGAUUGAGAAUAUUCCUAAGCUGGGGGAGGCAUAUGUAGAUGCUAUCUUUCCAUGUAUUGAGAGGCUUAUUGGGUCAAUCACAUCUGUCAAGAUUCUCAUAAUAUGCCUAUUAGGCAAUAGUUCAGAGAAUGUGUAUGGUGAUGGUUUUGUCUUCAAACAGCUUGUACAUCUGAAACUAUGUAAAUGCCGAGCAUAUGCGUCGAAUGUGGUUGUAAGGUUGCUCAGAGAUUCGCCUAAAUUACGUGUGCUACAUCUCUUGGAAAUGGAAGAUCAUGAACCUAAUGGUGUAGUACUCUUCUGGAAUCAACCAAGUACUGUUCCUGAAUGUAUGUUGUCGAGUCUAAGAACUUUCAAGUUUGAGAGGUACUUAGGAAGACCCGAAGAGAGAGAUCUUGUGGUUUAUAUCCUGAAAAAUGCCCGUCGCUUAAAGACCGCAACAAUCUUGUCUGAAGAUCACGAGUUUGAGACCCUUGACAUGAUACGAGAGUUGGCACUUUCUUCCCGAGCUUCAACUAAAUGCCAACUUGUGUUUGAUUGGUGAUUUGUACUUCUUGUUCUCUCCUUGUCUAGCUUGCUGCUAAAACUGCUUGUGGUUAGUUUUCUAUCAUCUCGAGCUACAUAUUAUGUGUAUGAUCAUUUAGUAGUAUAAAUCAUACACAUAAUUUGAUCUUUUGAUAGGAUUUGUUCCCCUUAUUAUACUCUAGCUUGUUAAGAGAUCAGAGAGGAAUCUCUAUCUUGAAGAAUGCUUGUUUUGAGGUAGUAAAGAUGCUAGAAAAAAAUAGCUUCUCUUU